UGCAAGGGGUAGGUUUCCGAGAGGCAUGGGGCGUCCUUCUGGACCCUGGGCACAUCGCAAAGGAGAUACAGGGACACGCAGACACGCACAGACACGCUGCAGGGGAAAGGGAGAUAAGAGAACCCAAAACGAAACAGCGAGGAACUGGAGGGAAAGCAACCACAGCGCCAGAGAAAAAUAGCCAGCAGCAUUUCUAUCUAUCUCCAUAUAAAACUCAGCCCUUCCUGUCAGAACCUGCAAAAGAAAAAGGCUUGAAGAUUAAGCAGCUGCUGUCCUUUUGCUUGUCUACAGUCACCCAAGGAAUGAGAAUAUGGAGGCUGAUGUUCACAACAGCAAAGUACCUUGGGAGGUCAAUGGUUCCUUGGCCCCAGCUGAACCUCAGGUCAGCAACAGGUCGGACAGUCCCACUCCCGGCCUAGUGGAAGGCACAGAGCCUGGUGCUGGGCAAGAGAGUGCAAUGUUUGUCCACACGAGAUCAUAUGAAGACCUAACUGCAGCCGAUGACGUGAAGCGGUGUCCUGACUGCGUGGACCAGGCCGACACAGAGCAAUCCCAAAUCGAAGAGAUCAGCAAAGAUUUCAACGAGCUGAGCACACAGCUGACCGGCGUCGCGAUGGACUUGAACAAGGAGAUGAGAGACAGUGAAGCAGAGGGAGAGGGGCCGUCCGGGAGGUCACACAGAGAGUCGGUGCUCUCCGAGAAGGAGGAGGACGUAACAGCCGAGUCCUGGAGGCAGCACCAGAAGCACAUCUUUGUCUUCAGCGAUGCCGGGAAGCCCAUUUAUUCCCGCUACGGGACGGAGGAAGCUCUUUCCUCCAUAAUGGGGGUGAUGGUCGCGCUUGUGUCCUUCAUUGAGGCAAGCAAGAAUGUGAUCAAAUCCAUCCAUGCAGAGGGUUACAAGGUGGUUUUUAUUCGGCGAAGCCCCCUGGUCCUCGUGGCUGUCGCUCGUACCCGCCAAUCGGAACAGGAGGUGGCGAAAGAACUUCUGUACGUUUACUACCAGAUUAUUAGCCUGCUGACUUUAACCCAGCUCAACAGAAUCUUCGAGCAGAAAAAGAACUAUGAUCUUCGCCGGCUGCUCUUGGGGUCUGAGCGGAUGACAGAUCACCUCCUCAAUCUAAUGGAGAAAGAUCCCAGCUUCUUAAUGUGCGCAGUGAGAUGCCUGCCCUUGCCCUCUUCCGUGAGAGACACAAUUAGCAGCAGCCUCCAGCAGGCCAAAGGCAAAAGUCUUGUCUUCUCUAUCCUGGUUGCCCAGAACCAACUAGUCACGCUGGUGAGGAAAAAAGACCAAUUUCUGCAUCCCGUCGACCUCCAUCUUCUCUUCAACCUCAUCAGUGCGUCCACCUCCUUCCGGGACGGAGAGGCUUGGACCCCCAUCUGUCUGCCCAAGUUCAACUCCAGCGGUUUCUUUCAUGCCCACAUCUCCUACCUUGAUCAAGCAAGCAGCCUGUGUUUGCUCCUCAUCUCCACCGACCGGGAGCACUUCUUCACCAUCUCAAACUGCAAAACCAAAUUCCUGGAACGCAUGAAGAGACGGAAUACCUUGCAGACGUUGUUGGAAGAGUUACGGACACCAUCUUAUAGCGUUUCUCAAGUGGGCAUACAAGACUUGCGGCACUUCAUUUAUAAAUCAAAAAGCUCGGGUCUUUUCACCAGCCCAGAAGUUGAAGCUCCUUACUUAACCGAGGAAGAACAGGAAAGGCUACUGGAAUUGUAUCAGUACCUGUAUAGUCGCAUCCACAACUCUGCAAGACCUCUGAAGUACAUGUACUAUGCAGGAGACAGGGAGAACCUAUUGGCAUGGGUUACAAGUGGAUUUGAGCUCUACAUGUGUUUUAGUCCAUUGGGAACCAAAGCUACUGCAGUAGGUGCCAUUAGCAAACUCAUGAAGUGGAUCAGGAAAGAAGAAGACAGACUCUUCAUCCUCAACCCAGGGACGUACUGACAGGGUGGCUGUGGUCAACUGUCUCCCUCACUACCUACCAAAAACACAAACUGACAAACUAGUGAGAACUGAUGCGUGGGUGGACUGAAAGCUUAAUGAUCACUAAUGUUUGUCACAGAGCUUUUAAAUUAAAGGUAAGAUGUUAGCCAUUUAUAGAAAAAAACCCCACUAUUUCUAUUACAAAUACUUUACAGCAAUUAGCUGUCACCAUCGGUAAGAAUUUGUCUCUUCCCCCCUCUUCACCCAUCCCCGACUUUCCUCCACCUUAGCCAGCCCUGAAGCCUCGAGCGAGGCUCACUGGUUUAUCGAGGUUUAUAGUGAACAAUCUCAUAGGAUCCGCCGCACUGAUACAAAAUGGUUCCCGCUCCAAGUUGCUCCGGGGUGCCUGGGAGAAGGGAAUGUUCCCAAUCCUGGUGGAAACCUAGUGGACCAAUGCGCUUCAGCAAGUACGGCACCAGUGAACCCCGAGACUGAGAGUGAAGCCAAGGCUGUUGUCGGCUGUGACAGUGGGACAUGGGAAUGGGAGUAGGCCGUUUAACCCCAAAAGGCUGCCCUAUCAAAGGGCAGAGAUUUCUUUUUUGGGAGGGCCUUACUGCAAGUUUUAAACUAAACUGUGAGUUAUAUUAAAAACAGAAGCCUGAACUUUGACUUCACUCAGAAGAGAUCACUUGAGGUGGCUUAGAAUAUCUCAAAGUAAAUCUGCGUAAAGGCUAAUAGCUAAUAAAUCACCUGUUGCAAAGCAAUGUUAAAAAAAAUAUUGACAUAAGCAGCAAAAAGAGUAAAUUGCCUAAAUGUCAAUGCUUCUGGGAUUGUUGCAAUGUUUGGUGCAAAAUCUGUGAUAGAGGCAGAGGGAGUUUCUGUUGUUUAAAAUUGACAGUGUCCAGUAGGACCUGUGAUUCCUCCCAUAUGAUUUCCAUCUAUACUGUAGUCCAGCCAAUAACUCUGCCUAAUAGGUAAUGCAGCUAAGGUUUGAUCUAUGGUGGCAAAAACAACUUGCACUCCUAUCGCCCCUCUAAUGUCAUUAAACAAUCCCAUGGUGCUUCCAAGUGUUAUCAAACAUGAUUUGACACCAGACCACAGAAGGGGAUACUCUGACAGAUCAAAGAGGUAGGUUUUAAGGAGCACCUUGAAAGGAGGUGGGAGAGGUGGGACGCCGGAGCGGUUCAGGGAAGGAAUUCCGGAGCUGAGGGCCUCAGCCGCUGAAGGCACGGCCGCCAAUGGCGGAGCGAUUAAAUUUGGCGACGCUCAAGAUGCCAGAUUGGAGGAACGCAGAGACCUCAGAGGGUUGUGGAGCUGCAGGAGAUGAUAAAAGGGAGGGAGGGGUGAGGCCUUGGAAGGAAUCAAAAGCAAGGGUGAGAAUUUUAAAGAGUCAGCCGCAACAAGAUAUUUAUUUUACGCUGACUGAACGCUUAAACUCUGUUCUGCCUCUGUGACAUUUCCAGGGACAUUCAGCAGUGCUUUCAGGAUAGUGUUGCCUGAUGUUGCCUGUUUUCCCGCAGAAACCUCAAAUGAGUAGCAAUACCCUGGAAGUGGUGAACGGAACAUGCGAUUAGGGAAGAGCAACAUGGCUUUAACAAAUUCUUCAAGUGCUUAAGCAUUAUAGUUUCAAAAUGUGACCCAUUAGAAUUUGAAAGGUUUGCAGUUAGUAAUUUACUUUAAUGGCAGCUUGGUCUCAGAAAAGCUAUAGAAUUGAGCUUUUUGUGUGUUAUUUUUAGAACGGUGUUCUGUGCAUCCCUGACUUCCAGUGAAAUGUUGGUCCAGUGCUUGUUGCGAAAGAAAGCCUCAAUAUUGCACCCUGCUGGAAGAGUAGCACACUGCAGAAAUAAUCCUUUAUUGGAGUCAGCCAUCGGCUUUGACCUGAGUGAGAGACUUUGCAUUCUGCUUCUCUAAAACCAAACACUGGAAGAGGAGGAACUGUUGGAACAAUAAAACAUAUAGGUCGCCUGUAAUAACAACAUCAUGCAUUUAUAUAGCGCCUUUAGUGCAGAAAAACAUCCCUAGACGCUUCCCAGGAGUACUAUGAGGCAAAAGUAUGAUGCUAAGCCAUGUAAUGAAAUAUUAGGUCACAUGGCCAAAAGAGGCAGGCUUUAAGGAGCAUCUUAGAGGAGGAAAGAGAGGUGGAAAGAUUUAUGGAGGGAAUUCCAGAGCUUGGGGCUUAGGGAGCUGAAGGCAUGGUCACCAGUGGUGGAGCGAUUAAACUCAGGGAUGCACAAGAGGCCAGCGUUAGAGGAGCGCAGAUAUCUCAGUAAUUCUAAAUUCAUUCAAUGUAAAUAGGUGUACAGUUUUGUUUCACAUAGUGAAUGGAGAAAAUCUUCCCCAGUGGCACUGUUGCUGAAAGUGGUGUUUAUCUUUAUUUUUAUAUCAUGCUGUUUGCCAACUCAGGAUGGACUGAUCAUGUUAAAAACUUGUUGCAAGCUUUCUCUAGAAUAAUUUCUCCAAACGGGAUUAGCUCUUGUACAUUCUGUCUCUCGCCUCUCUCUUUCUCGAUCUCUCUCUCUCUCUCUAUUGGCCUCUCUCUCGAUCUCUCUCUUUCUCAGUCUCUC